AUGGGCUCUGAGAGCCACUCAGGGGCACUGAAGGUGUCCCCUCGGCCCUCGGGCCCUCAACCUGAGAUAGGAGGGCGUCUGGGGCCUCACUCAGCCCAAGAAGGGGGCACAGGGGAGAGUCUAGCAGAUGAGGGUGCGGCCAUGAGCUCACAGGGAGUGGGAAACAGCACAGGAAGCGGGGGAGGCCUUCGCCUUCCAAUGCUGCCACCCUGCCUCAGCCUCCGGCCCCGCCCCGCCCCGCUGAGCCACAGUUGUCCUUCGGGGUGCGGGUGCCAGGAAGGCCCAAGCCCGCCCUACUCUGGCUGGGUCUUAGGUCUCCAGGUUGCCCAGGCUGGGCUGCGGGCCUGGACCCCCGGCCUGGACCCCGGGCCUCUCCGGCAACACCCCCACACCGGCUGCUGCUUGCUCCGUGCUUGCUGGUGUCAGGCACAGGGCCGGGCUCUAUGGCAGUGGCAGCGUGGACACGAGGCUGGCCUUGAACCUGCAAUCCUCCUGCCUCCGCCUCCCAAGUGCUGGGACCAUGAGCCACCGCAAAUGGCUUCUCAUUCCUUUGUUCUUUCUCAGUCUCAACUCAAAAACCUCCAGGGGUUGGCUCACCACUCCACCCAGUGUGGGCUGGGGGCCCUGAGUUUCAAUGUGGUCUGGGUAAGAGCAGAAUGGGUCCUGUCCCCCUGCCCUGCUACAGCUCCCAGAGCCAGGAGGAUGGUGAUGGUGGCUGUCACUGGAGAAGUGGCCUGCAAUAGCAGAUGUGGCCA